CGAGCGGAUCAAGUUUGAAUGAACAACAGCAGAGUCUGCUCUGGAGGUGGUAGUUGCAUUUGCAGUAAUUAUUAAAAGUGUGUCUCGUUACCAGUGGCCCGCGGACCCAGGAUGGACAUGAAGAAAAGAAUUCACCUAGAGUUGCGGAACCGCACUCCGUCAGAUGUCAAAGAACUUGUGCUAGACAACUGUCGCUCAAAUGAAGGCAAGAUUGAGGGCCUAACGGAUGAAUUCGAGGAGCUGGAAUUCCUAAGCACAAUCAACGUCGGUCUAACGACAGUUGCUCACUUGCCAAAGCUAAAGAAACUCAAAAAGCUCGAACUCAGCGAUAACAGGAUCUCAGGAGGGUUGGAAGUUCUGGCAGUGAAGUGUCCGAACCUCACACAUCUCAACCUCAGUGGCAACAAGAUAAAAGACCUCAGCACAAUAGAACCGUUGAAAGAACUGGGGUCUCUGAAAAGCCUCGACCUGUUUAACUGCGAAGUGACAAACCUGAACGAAUACAGAGACAACGUCUUCGAGCUCUUACCGCAGCUCACGUACCUGGACGGGUACGACAAAGACGACAAAGAGGCGCCGGAUUCUGACGGCGAGGUCUACGCAGAGGGCUUGGAUGAUGAAGACGACGAUGAAGAUGAUGUAGAUGAGGAGGAGUACGAUGAGGACGCUCCACCUGGAGACGAGGAGGACGAAGACGGAGAGGAAGAUGAAGAGGAGAAUGAAGAUGAUGAUGAGGAGGAACUGAGUGGAGAGGAGGAAGAAGAGGAAGACUUGAAUGACAAAGACGUUGAUGACGAAGAUGAUGAAGAAGAAGAGCGAGGUCAGAAGAGAAAACGGGAGCUGGAUGAAGAAGGGGAGGAGGAUGAAGAUGAUUGAGUACCUGAUGUAAGCUAAGAGUUGAACUGUUUUAAACGUGUAUCUCCUGCUCACAUCCCCACAUCUGUUGUUGUUUUGUCGUUUUAUUUUCCCCCUCACAGUUUCAUAUUGCAGUAGGAGUGUUUUUUUUUUUUUGGUUAUUGGCCAGUCAGAUUGAGGGAUUAUCUGGAGAAACGAAAAACGUCAAAUUAAAUCCCACACCUUUCUUUGAGUCCAGUCUCUUUAGUCCACUUUUACCUGCUUUGUGGACCCUUGCUUUGUAAUAUUAAAUAAUAACAAAACAAAAAAAACAUUUCUGAGAUUUUUUUUUUUAAUUUGUUUCUCACUAUUUGUGUAAAACCAGUUUCAAGUGGUUCUUGUAUUUUUAGACCUCCCCCUUCAAAAAAGAAAAUAAAAACAAACAAAAAGAGUUGCAUGUCUUAUACAUUUUAAAGUCAACUACUGGAUUUCAUGUACGGCUGUUUUCUCCUUGUCUUAAAUUUAUUGUUUUGCAUUCUUAGUUACUUUUUUUUUUCAAGUAUAAGUUAUGUUUUUUGUAGUGUCAUCGUUAUGCCAAUACCCUCUGCUGUCCUGGUGUGAAACUUUAUUCUGAACGUGCACAGUGUGACCCUCGCAGGGCUUUAAAUCAUGACAUUAAACAUGUCUGCCUUUGUCAAAGCCGCUCCUCCUCCUCAAACCCUCAGCUUUGAUAGUUCGGAUAUUACGUGUUCCUGUAAAUAAAGACCAAAUCUAUUUUUUUGUAUUCUCUUUGAUGACGGCAGACAUCGAAACAAACAACUGAGGUAAAAACCAUGAAUUGUAAUAAGAUGUUAAUUAUGUACGCUGCUAAAAUACGCAGUGGGAAAUUUCUUGAAUUUGAACUUUGUAUGCAGAAACUUUCCAGAAAAUGUUCAACAUCAGAA